UCUCCUCCGCUGCCAUUUUCCUCUUUCUUGUGCAAAAAAAUAGCAGAAGGAAAAAAUUCACAAACUACAACAAUAAUAAUGGAUCCUGCGAGGACUAUACCAUUGGAAGGCCGCACCGAUGAUUUGCUGCGAUUUGGGAUCCACGGCGUCAAGAGCGAUAUCAUCGAACCACAUCCUCUUCAGUCUGCCCGUCGCUCUGCGAAGCAAACGCAAGAUGAGAUGAAGAAGAAAAUCCUGUCGAAUACUUACGGAGCAGCAUUUCCGAUGAAGAUGGAGAUGGAUCGUCAGAUUCUCUCCAAAUUUCAAAGGCCUCCUGGUGCAGUACCUUCAUCGUUUGUAGGUCUAGAGGCCUUCACUGGAACGAUGGAAGAGUUUGGUUUUGAAGAUUAUCUUAAUGAUCCCAGGGAAUCUGAAUCAUUCCGUCCAGUUGACAUGCAUCAUGGUAUGGAAGUUCGUCUUGGUCUGUCUAAAGGACCACCAUGCCCCAGUUUCAUGUAAAGUACCAGUCGAAUCGAUUUGAGGGCCUUUUUUUUUUCAGGUGUAUUGAUUCUAACAUAAACUUUGUCCCCUUAAAAAGGCUCAAAAUAGGCUCUCAUUUUCUUCUGAUGCGAGUCAUCGUACUUGUAUACCUGGAGCUUGCUUUCUUUAUGACUUAAUUUCCUACUAUCGGAAUUCGUCAUUGGCUAUGAGUAUCAUAUGUUCUUUCCA